AUGGAAGAUAAUUCAAAGGCAAAGACACGUGUACACUUCGGCGCAUUAGAUGAACAAGAGAAUGCAAAACGUCUUAAACUGGGCGAGACCGGUGUGCCGACUUUGGCACCAGGCAGCAUUGAUCUCGAUUCGUUAGCCGAUGCCACCGACCUUGACAUGUCUGAAUCGUCUUUGCGAGCGAGACAAGCUGACAAGGAGAUUCUGGAAGAAUUUGAACGACGAAAACGCGCGCGGAAUAUUGCCGUACCAACAGACGAUUCACGCGUUCGUAUGCGACUUCGGGAACUCGAUGAACCACAGUGUCUCUUUGGCGAAGGCCCAGAUGAUCGACGAUCUCGUUUGAGAUAUCUACUAUCUAUCCAAGAAGGCCGUGAAGUUGAAUCUGAAUCAGAAAGUGAAAGUGAAGAAGAAGAGGCAGAAGAAGAAUUCUUUACUCCUGGAUCACAAGAACUGUUGGAAGCACGACGAUGGAUUGCAAAUUAUUCUUUGCCACGAGCAAAGGCACGGAUAGAACGACAGAACGCUGAAGUCGAUAUUCCUUUACCACAAAUAAAAGCGAGCCGCAAAGAACUCCAUUCGAAACUUAAGAAUUAUACCAACUGGGCAUCACAAAUUGCUGACGAACGCCCAGUCGCUCAAUGCGCGUUCACACCUGAUGCUUCAAUGCUUGUCACUGGCGCAUGGUCUGGUGCACUCAAAUUAUGGUCUGUACCGCAGUGUGAGCAAGUUAUGCAAUUUCGAGGCCACACAGACCGUAUUGGUGGUAUCGCUUUCCAUCCCGACUCAACAAUAAGUCGAGAGAAAAGUGUAAUGAAUUUUGCAACAGGUGGUGCGGAUUCCUUAAUCCACUUAUGGAGCUUAGACAAAGAAACACCUUUCUCGACUUUAACUGGCCAUGUGGGCCGUGUAUCUCGUGUGGCUUUCCAUCCUUCUGGACGAUACCUCGGAAGUGCAGGUUUUGAUGGAACGUGGCGAUUCUGGGACGUUGAAAAUGAGACCGAAUUAUUACUCCAAGAAGGUCAUUCAAAGGAAGUAUACGCCAUCGCGUUCCAAUGUGAUGGUAGCCUCGUUGCUACUGGUGGUUUGGAUUGCGUAGGCCGUGUCUGGGAUACGCGGACAGGAAGAUCGGCCAUGACAUUAGAAGGACAUGUGAAGGAUAUUCUUGGUUUGGACUGGUCAUCCAAUGGCUAUCAGCUUGCUUCAGCAAGUGCCGACAACACGGUCAAGGCACUACGGGCUAUGAUGGAUGUGUUAAAAUUUGGUCUGGUGAUGAUUUUCGGUUAA